UACUUUCUCGAGGAUCUCCCAUUCCUCACUGUCUGGAAUGCUCCAAGUCAAAAAUGCCAAGAGAAAUACAACGUGUCUUUUAACUUAGGGUUUUUUGAUGUGGUCAUAAACCAGAAUGAAUCAUUCAUGGGCAAGGAAAUGACCCUUUUCUAUAGCAACAGGUUAGGAUAUUAUCCAUUUUAUACUGAGAAUGGAACUGCUGUCUAUGGGGGUGUUCCACAGAAUGCCAGUCUGGAAGAUCAUCUCUGGAAGGCUCAGCAAGACAUUAAGAAAACUAUCUUAGAGACCAGCUUCAAAGGCCUGGCAGUGAUUGACUGGGAGAGCUGGCGUCCUUUGUGGGUUCGGAACUGGGACUCCAUGGAAAUCUAUAAGAAUAAGUCUAUGGAUCUGGUGAAGGGGCAGCACCCAGACUGGCCCACUGACAAGGUGGUUAAGAAAGCCCAGCUGGAAUUUGAGCAAAGCAGCCAAGCAUUCAUGGAACAGACUUUGGUACUUGGCAAAACUCUGAGGCCUGGGGGUUUCUGGGGAUUCUAUGGCUUCCCCAACUGUUAUAACUAUGAAAACAAACAGGAUAAUUACACAGGGGAAUGUCCAGAGAUUGAGAAGCAGAGAAAUGAAGAAUUGCAGUGGCUCUGGAACCAAAGUAAGGCUCUCUACCCAAGCAUUUAUCUCCCCAAGGAGAUUAGACUUCUCAACAAAAGUCUAGAGUUUGUCCGUCAUCGAGUCCAGGAAGCAUUCAGGAUGGUAGACCGGACAAGGAAUGGCAGCAUUCCAGUGUUACCUUAUGCUUCCAUUACGUAUGAGUUUACGCAGAUGGAUUUCCUGCCACAGGACUUGGUCCACACCAUUGGAGAGAGUGCUUCCCAAGGUGCUGCAGGGGUCAUCUUGUGGGGAAGUGAAAAUUUCAGCUGCUCUCAGGAAGCUUGUCUUCACGUGAAGAAGUACGUGGAUACUCUCCUCGGUCACUACAUUAUAAACGUGACCAACAGUGCCAGGAUGUGCAGCCAGGUAGUGUGUUUCAGUCAUGGACGCUGUAUGCGGCAGGAGAGCCACCCCGAAGCUUUUCUGCACCUCAGUCCUACCAGCUUCACUAUUAAGAAGCCUCCGGCAGAGCCACGCUUCAUCGUGACCGGUCACAUGACAAAAGAGGAGCAAAGCAAGAUGGCAGAAGAAUUUAGGUGCCGAUGUUAUAGUGGCUGGGAGGGCCCACGAUGCAACAAAAAGUCAUCUUGGAAUCACUGA